ACGUUAUCUACGCUUUAUACAAAUACGCAUAUUCUCAUAAAUUUUUUCCAGUUUGGCAACACUAAUUGAAAGCUGUCAGGAACAGCUGUUUAUCGUUGAAAAAACAAUGACAAGUUCUUCAUACUGCCAAUAAAAUAUAAUACAAGAUAAUUCAAAUAAGUGUAAACAAAAAGAGCGGCGUAACAAUUUAUUAUAAAUCGGUCAUCGAUAUACAAUAUAUCACAAUAAGUAGACUUGAAGUCGUUAAUAUGAAAUUGAGUGACAUAGGAUCUAAAAUGUGUCGUAUAUGCUUGACGCGUACUUCUAAGCUGCGAUCCCUAUAUGAGCCAUUGGACGAAGGCGAAGAAGCGCCGAAUGAAAUGUUGCGUCUCAUUGCAGGCAUAACGCUGGAAAAGGCGAAUAUCUGUGAAACAUUGCCGAAAUGUAUUUGUAAGAGUUGCGAGUUAUCACUUAGUUUGGCCUACCAGUUUCGAAUUAAGGUCCUACAUACACAUCAGAUAAUUGAAGCCUAUCGUAAGCAAGAAAGGAGUGGCAACGAAAUCGAUGAAAAAGUAAACCGAUCCCUUGAAACUUCUGUGAAAGUUGAGUUCGAGGACUUGGUCCACGAAAGUGCGGCGGUGGAAGAGAUUUACCUCAAUGAAGACAUUUUAAGUAAUAGCAGAGAUAUGAAAGUAGAAAUGUUGGAAAUGUCAUUUUCCGACAUUGAUGAUAUUAACAUGGGAAAUGAAGAGCAGGAAAAUCUAGAAAUAAAUGAAGACGAAUGCAAACCAGAGUACUUGGACGAAUUUUAUACCGAAAGUAAUGUAAUAACUAGCAUGUCCGGAACAGAGUUACAACACUUGGAUGUAAGUCCAGAUAAUAAAAGCGUAAAAGAAUUAUGUGUUACAGAGAAUACCUCAGCAACUACGAAUAAAACCGAAGAAUGUGAUAAUACAGUAAGCUCUGGGUUGUGUGCAAAAGACGUAGAAGAUAAAAUGUCGUUCACAAGAGGUCCCUAUAAGAAAAAGAUUAAAUCCAAUGAUAAUAAAAAGUAUAUUUGUGAUGUUUGUGGUAAUAUUUUUGCUAAACGUGGUCGCAUGACAGAGCAUAGACGAAGGCACGACAAAGAGUUGCGUUAUGCUUGCGAAAUCUGCGAUAAACGGUUUCAUCUCCGCGAGCAUUUGCGCAAACAUAUGUACCAACAUAAAGGUGGCAAGCCAUUUAAAUGUUCCUUCUGUAGUAGAACAUUUUUCUAUGAAAGUGUAAAGAAGGCACAUGAAGCCAUACAUAGCGGCGUCAAACCCUACGUUUGCGAUGUGUGCAAUAAAGCUUUCGCAUAUCAACAUGCGCUUGGUAAACAUAAACUAAUACAUGCUGACAUCAAAUUUUAUCACUGUGAAUAUUGUGACAAGGAUUUUCGCUUGCAACAUCACUUGAAACAGCAUAAGGAGACGAAGUCGCAUCAAAGCGCCGUACGUGCUCUAGAUAUGGAGGAUAAAAAAUAUGAGGAAGAAAGAUGCGAAGAACAAAUAUUUCAAGGAGGAUAUGUGGAAGAAAUAUAUCAGGACGGAAUAUAUCAGCAAGAAGGCGUCAAGGAUCAAUAUGCUAUUGACGCAACACCAGCAGGUCUAAAUCAAUUAGUGGAUCAGAUAAUGAAUUAGUUUACAGAAUUUUAGGCAUAUACUCUUUAUUUAUGUGAGCAGUCUUAAUUUUAGAAAUAGAGAUAUAUGUAAGCGAUUUAAUCCAACAUUAACUGGAGUUACUGCAAAAACGAA